CAGGGCAUCCACAAGGGUGCCAACCUUGUUUGCCUGGAUUCCUCCAGCGGAUUCGUGCAGCUGCAACUGGUUUUACCUGAUCAGGAAUCCUGUUUGACCGAAGAGUAAUUUAGAAGCCAGAGAUGAAGUUUUCCUCAGGAUAGUCCCAAAGCCUCCGUCGGUCUGGGGGCAGGAAUAAGGAGAAGGGAUGAGGUGACUUUUUGGACGGGGUAGGGGGACGUCUGGGCAGCCAGGGACCUGCCCAUUCACUCCUCUUUCCCAGCCCCGGGAGGGCGCAGCGCCCGGGUGGGGAGCCCGCGCCAGCCCAGGCCGGCUCUGGCCUCCUGACCCAGACAGCGCAGGGCGCUAGGGAUCGCUCGGCCGAGCUCGGGUCGCGCCGCCCUCAGCCUCAGGGCCACCAGCCGAGAGUUCGAGGCCUCCCCGAUCCGGAUGUGAUGAAAAGGAGCAACAGAGGGAGAAGUGUUUCAGGAGUGUAGGAGUGGAAGGGGGGAAAAAGAGGCAGAGAGGGGGAAGGCCCCCUUGCAGGGGAGCCGGCUGGAGUGAGCUGGCUGGAAAGAGGGGGCGGAGUGCGCGGAGUCACAGCCGCCACCGCUGCCGCAGUUGCCGCCACUGCGGCGUCUGGGCUGAGCCUGAGGGAGGCGGGAGGGACGCGCAGGGGCGGCCGCUGCCGUCGUCAGGCCACCGGGGCGAAAAUGCGGCCGCUGCCGGAGCCUCGCUAACUUUCCGAGGCGGAAGAGGAGGAGGAGGAGGAAGGGGCUUGGAGCGACUCGGGGGGAUGCGGAGAAGCAGUCAGUUCCCUGCACCCAGCACCUCACAGCCCUUCCUCCGGGCGCCCUGCGGGGCGGCGAGCUAGGCAGCAGCGGCGCAGCGCGGCGCGGCGCGGGCUUGGCGGAGCGGCCCAUGUCCGGCGCGGGCGAAACCCUCGCUCUCGGGCCCGCGGGGCCGCAGCGCGCGGCCGAGGCGGGCGGCGGCCGGCUGGGCUCCACAGCCCAGGGAAAAUGUGAUAAAGACAAUACUGAGCAAGCUAUAACUCAAGCUACCAACAGCCACUUCACACAUGGAGAGAUGCAAGACCAGUCCAUUUGGGGAAAUCCUUCAGAUGGUGAACUCAUCAGAAGGCACACAAUAGGAAAAUAUGUGUCAGCCUGUCACCCAGCCUGUCACACCAGCCUCAACCUCCUGGGCUCCAGCCGUCUACCAGCCUCAGCCUCCCGAGUAGCUAGGAGUACAGCCCAACCUCAGCGCUUGCCUCAGCUUCAGACUUCAGCACAGGUGUCGAGUGAUGAGGAAAUAGGCAAGAUAAAGAAUGGCCACACAGGUCUGAGCAAUGGAAAUGGAAUUCACCAUGGGACCAAACACGGAUCUGCAGAUAAUCGCAAACUUUCAGCACCUGUUUCGCAAAAAAUGCAUAGAAAAAUUCAGUCCAGCUUGUCUGUAAACAGCGAUAUCAGUAAGAAGAGCAAAGUAAAUGCUGUCUUUUCCCAAAAGACAGGCUCUUCACCUGAAGAUUGUUGCGUCCACUGUAUCCUGGCUUGCUUGUUCUGCGAAUUCCUGACCCUUUGCAAUAUUGUCCUGGGACAAGCGUCUUGUGGCAUCUGCACCUCAGAAGCCUGCUGCUGUUGCUGUGGAGAUGAGAUGGGGGAUGACUGUAACUGCCCUUGUGAUAUGGACUGUGGCAUCAUGGAUGCCUGUUGUGAAUCAUCAGACUGCUUGGAAAUCUGUAUGGAAUGCUGUGGAAUUUGUUUUCCUUCAUAAAUAUUUAUCUUUUGUUUGUGUUAAAACUGGAGAGUGUUUAAAAAUUUACUUUUGGGGGGAAGAAAAGCACAUUGUAAGAUUCUCAUGAAACAACAUGGAAUUUGCACUGUUAACUCAUUAUUGUAAUAAUCUCUGAAAGCCUUUUUACUUUAACUGAAUCUACAUGGCUUAAUAUGUGAAAUUUUAACUACUUUAACUAGUUUUAUAGACUUCUUAAUAUGUUACAAUAACUUAGGGACAUUUUGACACCCCCCUCCCCAAAUGUUAAAUGUCUUCUCCUUUUUACUGGUAUUUCUGUUUCUUCUAACCAUUCUCAGGAGCCCUUUGCUCCAAAUAUAUUAUUUUUCAGUGAGUAUUUAAACCUGGCAGUUUAUUUGAUAUGUAUCUAUUCGUGAUUAAAAGAAAGCAGUCUUGGCCAGGCAUAGUGGCUCACGCCUGUAAUCCUGGCACUUUGGGAGACCAAGGUGUGCAGACUGCCUGAGCUCAGAGUUCGAGACUAGCGAGGGCAACAUGGUGAAACCCCGUCUCUACUAAAAUACAAAAAAUUAGCCGGGUGUGGUGGCAGGUGCCUGUAAUCCCAGCUACUUGGGAGGCUGAGGCAGGAGAAUUGCUUGAACCAAGAGUUGAAGGUUGCAGUGAGCUGAGAUUGUGCCACUGUACUCCAGCCUGGGUGACAGAGCGAGACUUCAUCUCUAAAUAAAUAAAUAAAUAUGUAAAUAAAUAAACCAGUCUUUAUUUUAAAAGAAACUUUAGGAAACAAAUCCACAUAAUAGUUGGGAACCAGUGCUGAUCUCUCUCCCUUACCUUCUCCGCUUGUUUAACAGAUGCUGAAUGCCUACUGUGUAGACUCUCUUCCUCAGACUGUGGAAAUAGAUACAGUUCCACUCCUGUCCACAGGAACAUGAGAUUUAGCAGACUAAGGAGGUCUGUAAAGAAUGAACCAUACCACAAGGUAUACUGAAGUGAAGAUUAUAAGAGACAUAAACUCAAAAGGCUGUUGGAAUACGCAGAAAAUUGCUACCAGAAUAUUCAGGAAGGCUUCAGGGAGAAUGUGGCAUUUGAAGACGCUCUUAGAAUGAGUGAGUCAUCUGGUAUUUAAAUGAAUUAUUUCAAUUUUUGACAAAGUUUUAGAUGGACACCCUAAAUCGUGUCUGCACUUAACCAGUUAAAAGAGCAGUGCCUUCAGCAUCCUUUGUUAUUAGUUGCAGUAAUACAGCUUUUUAAAAAAGCUAUAAAGUUUAAAUUAAUAAAAGUAUGCAUUUUCUUACACAUAAUUUAAAUGUUAUCAUACUUUUUUGAUGAAAACAUAAUGCCUUAGUAAAAUAGCUCUAUUUAAUAAAGAAGAUUGAGUACUCUGACACAUUUCAUUUAAAUUGGGAAAUUUUUAAUAUUAAAAUCCCAGUGUUCUGAGUUACUCAAAGGCUCUCUUUUAUUUGAGAGCUUUAGGUCUUUUUGGGAUGAGAGCAUUUUAGUUGUUUACUUUGGUUUGUUUCUUAAGCAUUGCUAUUUUUUGUAAACACAGAUAAAUGGAAACCAUUCUUUUCAAAGCAGAAGAAAUCUAGACAUCCACUACUGUGACCAAAUUCCUGUAUUACAACUUUAUGUUAAAUUAAACUAAUAUGGCAGGUUAUAAUGAUCCUUAAGUGCAAAGAAAUCAGUCAAUUAUAAGACUAAUUAUAUAGUUAUUGAGACGUAGAGACUGUGUGACUUAGAUGAAAGGGAGAGUAAAUUUUCAUACCAUGCACUCUCCUACUCAGUUUGAUCUCUCUAAAAUUGUAGUUUGGUUUGAUUUAAUAUACUACUUUGUAGAAAUUUGGAAGUAUGCUUUGGGAUUAAUAAUUAUUUUUAAUUUUUCUGGCUGAAUAUCACAUUGAUAGUAACAACAGAAGCAUAAUUUUAGGAAGCCUUUCGCAAACCUAGCCUUUUAAGAGAGGUUUUUAACCUGAAGCAUGAGAAUAUCACCUGUGGUUUUUCCUUUGAGAUGAAACCUAGUUUCUAGUUAUAUCAUUACUUAAAGGGCUUAAAAAAGAAAAAACUUAGCAAACUUUUGAAUCUUUCUUUUAUUGCUACUUAUACGUACAUACACACAUAUAAAACCUUUAAAUUUGGGGAUCUGAAUAUAAUUCUGGUAAAUAACUGUCUUCAUUUUUCUCCUCUAAAGAACUUAAUUCAUUUGUUACAUAAAAUAUAAGGAAAUCUUUGUACUAUUUUACAGUAGCCACAAUCUAAAUAUUUACAUAUACCCAAAAUUAACUUACGCUCAUAUGUUAGGACGUGAGACUAUCAUCUGUUUAUGGACACAUGAAACCUCCUAAUGACCUGGAAUUGUUAGAAUAUUUGGCUUUUUAUAUGCAGUUUUUCAACCAAGUGAUUAGUCUAAUAUUUAAACAUAUACUGCCACAAUUUGUGAUGAAAAUAUUAGCACAUUUGAAAUACUGUUUCUCCAUAACAGAGAAUGUUAAUGGAUACCAGAAUUUUAUUUUUGUAUUUAUGUUCAUAGUACGUUUCCUCUUGUCUACUCCAGACAGUCAUCCCAUAAAGUAUCUUGUAUAAUUAAAAGGAAGACAGAAAAAGGAAAAGUAGGCAAAUGUGAAAAUAGUUUUAAUGUAUCUUAUGAUUUCUUAAUGUAAAAUGUUUUGUUGAACUGUAUGGCUAUCAUGACUAAGUGCUAGAAUUUAUAGUUAUAGGCAGUGUCCUUUUAAAUGUGGAAAGGCUUUUAAAAUGUUUUAAAACUGGACUUGUAUUAUCCUGAAUACACUAUUUCGAAAAUUUUUUUAAAUGAGUUCUUUAUUUUGCUUUACCGUAUGUUUAUAUCUAAUUGACAUAUUGACUAAUAUUUGAAAGAAUUCAACCAUAAGUUAAAACCUGUAGGUUGUCUUUAUCCUGUUUCAUCCCUGUCUGAAGAUUUCCGAGUCUUCUUAUGUAAAUCACAUGACUCGUGUCCAUAAAUGAACUAUGAAAAAUAUCGAUCAGUUUAUGGUGUAAAUGAUCAUUGACAUGUGAUUUCAAAACAUAGUGUUCUUUUAAAAAUUUAUAAUAUGUCAAAAUACAAGUUUUUUACAUCGUUUUAGUAAAUUAAUUUCAUUUUUUUACUUUGGAACUAUAUUUCCACUUAGAAAAACUAAGGUAAUUUUACAAUAUGUGCCGAGAUUAAAAACCAAUGCAAAAAUGUUCGAACAUCUAUGAAAUUGAGUCUUAGAUUUAAUGAAUUUCACCCAAAAAUAAAUCAGAAGAAUU